CAACAACACUCUUAUACCAUUCCUGUAAGGUAGACCAGGAUCAUAUGCACAGCUUUUCAUAAACUCCAGUUGCUAAAAUGAGCCGGUCCCCUUUGGUAAAGAGAUGUUUCCUGAUUCUCAGCUAGGUUUCUGCUCCUCUUAGUUAUGGCAGGUGGAGCAGUGCAAUCUUUUGGACCCAGCCCAGGUUCCUUCACAGCCUCCUCCUUUGGCUCCUUUUCCCUCCGUCUCCUGAGGUGUUUUCUUUUAGGGACUGGAUCCCCUCCCUCCGCCCCCUUGCCUGGCUGGGGAUCCUUCUUUCUUUCUCUCCCCACAGACUCAGCCCCCCACUUCCCCUCCAGCCCCAGACCAGAGCCACUUCUCCCUCAGACAAAGCCUCUCCUCCUCCUCCUCCCUUUCUCCCAUCUCAGACCCAGCCUCAAAACUCCCUCAGAAAAGGCUCCUCGCAUUUAAAGGAACAGAGUUGCAUUCCUAGAGAGGGAAGAAGAGAUGGGGGGAGAGAGUGCCAGGUCCUCCAGAGCCAAAGCCCCUCCCUCGCUGCCCAGUCCUUCCUGCAAGGGGGGGGGGCUUUUGUCUCCUCUGCAAAAGCUGCCCGGGGGGCUCCUGCUUCUGCAAGAGGAGAGGGGCAGUUGUCUCUCUGCUCUGCCCCUUCUGGGCUCCGGUGGUGAUGAAUUAGAAAUUAAGAACAAGGGACAACACGACAAAAUCCACACAGUGGAGAAGCCAUAUCAAAAUUUGGAGUGUGGAGAGAACUUCAGUCAGAGUUCCCAUGCCACUUCCCAUCAAAGAAAUCCUACUGGGAAGAAACCAUUUCAGUGCCUGGAAUGUGAGAAGUUCUUUACUAAAAGAAGAGACUUCCAUCGACAUAAGAGAAUUCACAGUGGGGAGAAACCUUAUCAGUGCUUGGAAUGUGGGAAGAACUUCAGUCGGAAGGAUAGUCUUACUUCCCAUCAAAUAAUUCAUGCAGGGGAGAAACCAUAUAAGUGCUUGGAAUGUGGGAAGAGCUUUCGUCAUAGCUUCCAUCUUACUUCCCAUCAAAGAAUUCAUACAGGGGAGGAAUUAUAUCCAUGCUCGGAAUGCGAGAAGUUAUUUACUACAGAAAGAGACUUCCUUCGACAUCAGAAGAUUCACAGUGGGGAGAAACCCUAUCAGUGCGUGGAAUGUGGAAAGAGCUUCUCUAGGAAGGACAGUCUCACUUCCCAUCAAAGAAUUCAUACAGGGGAGAAACCAUAUCAGUGCUUAGAAUGUGAGAAGUGCUUUACUACAAGAACAGACUUCCAUCAACAUAAGAGAAUUCACAGUGGGGAGAAACCAUAUCAGUGCCUGGAAUGUGAGAAGUUCUUUACUACAGGAAGAGAUUUCCAUCGACAUCAGAAGAUUCACAGCGGAGAGAAACCCUAUCAGUGCGUGGAAUGUGGAAAGAGCUUCUCUAGGAAGGACAGUCUCACUUCCCAUCAAAGAAUUCAUACAGGGGAGAAACCAUAUCAGUGCUUGGAAUGUGAGAAGUGCUUUACUUCAAGAAUAGACUUCGAUCGACAUAAGAGAAUUCACAGUGGGGAGAAACCAUAUCAGUGCUUGGAAUGUGGGAAGAGCUUCAAUCAGAAGGCCAAUCUCACUUCCCAUCAAAGAAUUCAUACAGGGGAGAAACCGUAUCAGUGCUUGGAAUGUGGGAAGAGCUUCACACAGAAAAAAUGUCUCACUUCCCAUGAAAGAAUUCAUACAGGGGAGAAACCGUAUCAGUGCUUGGAAUGUGGGAAGAGCUUCCAUUGUAGCUCCCAUCUCAGUCGCCAUCAAAGAAUUCAUACAAGCUUGAAACAAUAUUUUGGAGACUUCUUGAGAGCACAGAUGGAUGAGCAAGACUCAGCUGUCCCUAGAGCAGAAAGAGGCCAUGACAUUGACACUGGGAGCAGUGGGGGAUUCUGGGAAAGCUCCAUGCAGAAGAUCCUGGGAGAGGAGGACACCCUUUGCUCAGAGGUGCAGAGCCGGCAGUUCAGGUGGUUCUCCUACCAGGAGGCCAACGGACCCCGUGAGGUUUGCAGCCGGUUCUACCGCCUUGACCUUCAGUGGCUGAAGCCAGAAAGGCAUACGAAAGCUCAGAUGCUGGACCUAGUGAUUUUGGAGCAGUUCCUGGCUGUCCUUCCACCGGAGAUGGAGAGCUGGGUGAGGGAAUGUGGAGCAGAGACCAGUUCCCAGGCAGUGGCUCUGGCCGAAGGGUUCCUCCUGAGUCAGGCAGAGGAGAGGAAGCAGGGAAAGGAUCUGUUUGCAGAAAUGGGUCCUGAUUCAUCUGAGGCAGAGAGGAUUCCAUUGGUCACCACAAAGUGGCCGCUGGGUGACAGAAGGAUGCCAGCAAGAUAUCCUCAUCCUUCUUUCCAUGGUGGCAAAGUGCAAGUAGCGGCUGUGGAGCCAGAUCAGAGUUCAUUGUGCUUUGAAGAUGUAGCUGUUUCUUUCACAAAGGAGGAGUGGGCAUUGCUGGAUCCUGACCAGAGAGCUCUGCAUAAGGAAGUCAUGGCGGAGAAUCGUGGGAUCAUAGACUCUCUUGGUGGUGAUAAUUUGGAGAUUAAGAACAAAGGAGACAACGCCAAAAUCCAGAAAGUGGAAAUGCCACAUACAUAUUUGGAGUGGGCUGAGAGCUCCCAUUCCACUUCCCAUAAAAGAAACCCAGUGGGAAAGAAACCAUAUCAAUGCUUGGAAUGUGCAAAGAGUUUCAGUCAGAGGGCCAAGCUCACUUCCCAUCAAAGAAUUCACACAGGGGAGAAACCCUAUCAGUGCUUGGAAUGUGGACAGAGGUUCAGCCGGAAGGAUAGUCUCACUUCCCAUCGAAGACUUCAUACAGGGGAAGAACCAUAUCAAUGCUUGGAAUGUAGAAAGAGCUUCAGUCAGAGAGCCCAUCUCACCGCCCAUCAAAGAAUUCAUACAGGGGAGAAACCAUAUCAGUGUUUGGAAUGUGGAAAGAGCUUCACUUGGAAGGUAAAUCUCACAGCCCAUCAAAUAAUUCAUACAGGGGAGAAACCAUAUCAGUGCUCAGAAUGUGGGAAAAGCUUUAGUGGGAGGACCAAUUUUGUUGCCCAUCAAAGAAUUCAUACAGGAGAGAAACCAUAUCAGUGCUCUGAAUGUGGAAAGAGCUUCAUCUGGAAGAAAAAUUUCACUUACCAUCAAAGAAUUCAUACAGGAGAGAAACCAUAUCAGUGCUCCGAAUGUGGAAAGAGCUUCAGUGUGGGGGCCAAUCUCAUAGCUCAUCAGAGAAUUCAUACAGGAGAGAAACCAUAUCAGUGCUUAGAAUGUGGAAAGAGGUUCAGUGCAAGGACUAAUCUCAUGGCCCAUCAAAGAAUUCAUACGGGAGAGAACCCAUAUAAGUGCUUGGAAUGUGGAAAGAAGUUCAGUCGGAAGGAAAGUCUCACUUCCCAUCAAAUAAUUCAUACAGGGAAGAAACCAUAUCAGUGCUCUGAAUGUGGAAAGAGCUUCACUCAGAAGAAAAGUUUCACUUCCCAUCAAAGAAUUCAUACAGGGGAGAAAGUAAAUCAGUGCUUGGAAUGUGGAAAGAGCUUCACUGAGAAGCAAAGUCUCACCUUACACCUAAGAAUUCAUAUUGGGGAGAAACCAUAUCAGUGCUUGGAAUGUGGAAAGAGGUUCACUCAGAAGGGAAGUCUCACUUUACAUCAAAGAAUUCAUACAGGGGAGAAACCAUAUCAGUGCUUGGAAUGUGGAAAGAGUUUCACUCAGAAGGGAGGUCUCACUUCCCAUCAAAGAAUUCAUACAGGGGAGAAACCAUAUCAGUGCUUGGAAUGUGGAGAGGGCUUCACUUACAAGGAAAGUCUUACUUCCCAUCAAAGAAUUCACACAGGGAAGAAACCUUAUCAGUGUUUGGAAUGUAGAAAGAGCUUCAGUCAAAUCUCCUCUCUCAAUUCCCAUCAAAGAAUUCAUACGGGAAAGAAACCAUAUCAGUGCUUUGAAUGUGGAAAGAGCUUCAAUACGAGGGGCCAUCUCAAUUCCCAUCAAAGAAUUCAUACAGGAGAGAAACCGUAUCAGUGUUUAGAUUGUGGAAAGAGCUUCACUUGGAAGAGUAAUCUCACUUCCCAUCAAAGAAUUCAUACAGGGGAGAAACCGUAUCACUGCUUGGAUUGUGGAAAGAAAUUCACCCACAAGGAAAGUCUCACUUCCCAUCAAAGAGUUCAUACAGGGAAGAAACCAUUCCAGUGUUCUGAAUGUGGAAAGCGCUUUACUCAGCAGGAAAGUCUCACUUCCCAUCAAAUAAUUCAUACAGGGAAGAAACCAUAUCAGUGCAUUGAAUGUGGAAAGAGCUUCACUUGGAAGAAAAGUUUCACUUCCCAUCAAAAAAUUCAUGCAGGGUAGAAACCAUAUCUGUGCAUCAGAUGUAGAAAGAAAUUCAGUGGUAGCUGUUAUCUCACUUCCCUUCAGAUGAUUCAUACAGGGAAGAAACCGUAUCAGUUCUUCGAACGUGAAAAGAAAUUACCUAGAAGAAAAGUUUCACUUCCUAUCAAAGAAUUCAUAUAGAACAUUUUGAUAGAGAAAGCAGGGUUUCAAAAUGAAUGAAAAGUUAAAUACUUGGGUAUUACUAUGACAAAUAUGAAUUGUGCAUUGUUCCAAAACAACUAUGGUAUGUUAAGACAUGGACUGAAGUUAAAAAAUUUAUUGCAAGAUGGGAGAAGUUAAAAUAGUCACUGUUUGGUAGAAUUUCGAUGAGAAAGAUGAACGUUUUGCGUAGAAUAAUGUUUUUAUUCUACAAUACCUAUAUUUGACUAAUGACUUAUCGGUUAAACAUUGGUAAAGAGAUUUAUCAAAGUUUUUUAUGUCAAGGGGAAAAAAACCACGAGUCAAAAUGAAAAUAUUACAAGAUGAGAAUGAAAGGGGAGGAUUGGGUUUAGCUGAUAUGAAAUUGUCCUUUGCAGACUGUUAUUUAGUGUGGAUGAAGAAGAGAGUAACAUUGAUAAAUAAGAGACUUCUGGAAUUACAAGGUCAUGAUUUAAAAGCAUGGAUAUUUGUGGUAUAAUAAGUCAAAAUUAAUGUGGAUUUCAAAAACUAUUUAUUGAGACAUACCAUAUUGAGAAUUUGCAAUAGAUGUAAACCUAAGAUAUACGUGAAGAUACCUUUAUGGAUUUCAAUGCAAGAAGAGUUCAUAGAAAAAAGGCAAGAGGCAAAGAGAAAUGGUUAACUUAUCAAGAGUUGAAUAACUCAACUCUAAUGAGUCAAGGAGACUGUAAAAUUAAAACACGGGAACAAGGGUUUUUCUCAGAACAGAUACCGUAUAUUGUAUUCUUGCCUCAUUACACAUGCUAAAGCUAUUUUUGGUCAUCUGCAUACUAUCCCAUGCUUUUUCCUGUAGGACUAAUUGCAGUUUACCGCACCCAUUGAGUCAAUCACCCAUCUCCUACUACUCUUCUGUGAAAAACCCCACCCCACCCUCCCACUAUAUAUAAGGGUCUGGUGACUUCUGUUUCAGUGUAUCUGAAUAAGCAUGCACACGAAAGCUUAUACCCAGAGGUAUAAGGUGCUACUGCGUCAGACCAACAGGCCUACUUACCUGAAUCUUAAAGAAUACAUGAUUACAUUUGUGAGGAAAAUUGGGUUACAUACAGAGGGAACAGUGGGAACAUAUAGGGACCAAAUAAUUAAAAUAUACAUUGUGUUAUGAUUUAAAAGAGAAUGUGUACAAAAUUAUGUAUCCUUGGCAUUUAACUCCUCUGAAGUUAUUUAAAAUGUAUAAAAAUGUUCCAAAUACUGGCAGGUGUAAAGAACAUGAAGGGACAUUUCAUCAUGCUUGGUGGACAUGUAUAAAAAGCUUUAAAAUAUUGGAUACACUGAUUCAGAGAAUUUUGAAGAUACAUUUUCAACUGAAACCAGAAUUGUUCCUGUUGGAACUUAGUAAAGGUAAAGGGACCCCUGACCAUUAGGUCCAGUCGUGACCGACUCUGGGGUUGUGGCGCUCAUCUCGUGUUAUUGGCCAAGGGAACCGACGUACAGCUUCUAGGUCAUGUGGCCAGCAUGACAAAGCCGCUUCUGGCGAACCAGAGCACCACACGGAAAUGGCGUUUACCUUCUCGCUGUAGCGGUACCUAUUUAUCUACUUGCACUUUGACAUGCUUUCGAACUGCUAGGUUGGCAGGAGCUGGGACUGAGUAACAGGAGCUCACCCCGCCGCGGGGAUUCGAACCACCAACCACCUGAUCGGCAAGCCCUAGGCUCUGUGGUUUAACCCACGGUGAAGUUAGGGAUAUACAUUUAGGAAAAGACUAUGGAACUUUAUUUCACUAUACGAUUACAGCUGUGAGACUUUUAUAUGCAAAGAGAUGGAAAGACUAAUCAUUACCUACAAUGGAGGAAUAGUUGUUAAAAUUACUGGAUUUAGCUGAGACGUUGAAUUUGACAUGUUUAAUCAGAGAAAAGUCAUUGUCAGUAUCUACUAAAUAUUGGAAACUGCAGACUUCUUGCAUGAAAAUGAACUCGUAAUAUUUUGGUUUGAGGAAUCACCCUUAUUGUAACGUGAAGCCAUGAGUUUGGGUCCUAGCCUCUGGAGCAGAAGAAAACAAAUUUCCAUGGGACAGCCCUUGAGAUAUUUGAAGAUGGCUAUCCUACCUCCUCUCAGUCUCCUCUUUCCCAGGCUAAACAUACACAGCUUCUUCAACUGUUCCUCAUCAGGCUUGGUUUCCAGACCCUUGAUCAUCUUGGUCACCCUCCUCUGAAUACAUUCCAGCUUGUCAAUAUUCUUCUUAAAUUGUGGAGCCCAGAACUGGAGACAGUACUUCAGGUGUGGUCCGACUACUUCUAUCUGGAAAUUAUAUUUCUGUUGAUGCAGCCUAGAAUAGCAUCACACUGUUGACUCAUAUUAUGCUUGUGAUCUACUAAGAUCCUUUCCCCAUGUACUACUGACAAGCCAGGUGCUCUUCAUCUAAUAUUUGUGCAUCUUUUAUUUGGUUAUUCAUGCCUUAUGAAUGUCAGGAAACUCCUGACAUGCCUUUCAUUUGCCCUUUUUGAAAUUCAUAUUGUAAGUUUUGACCCAGUUCUCCAAUCUGUUAAGGUCAACUUGAAUCCCGAUUCUGUUUUCUGUGGCAUUAGCUGCCCUCCCACUUUGAUAUCACCUGCAUAUUGGAUGAGCAUCCCCUCAAUUUCUUCAUGCAAGUCAUGUAUAAAGACAUUGAACAACAACAAGCCCUUGAGAUCUUACCCAGUAGCUCCUUCAGUUUUUUUGAAAUUGGCCGCCUUAAAGUCCAGAAUGCAUGUCCGACUUCACUCAGCUUUCCCUUGCCUCUAUCCUCAAACCCAGAACAUGAUCACUUUCUACCAAGUUUCCUGGUACUUCCACUUUAUCAAUCAGUUGGUGUGGAUCAGGUCCAAGAUAGAUGGUCCCCUUGUUGCUUCUUCCCCCUUCUGGGAAAUGAAAUGGUCAGCGAGCAACUGGGGAAUUUUUGGACAAUGCAUUCUUAGCAGAGUUGGGAUUCCCAACAGAUAUUGGGGUAGUCAAAGUCUCCCAUGACUCUCUCCUUUUUGAAUCUCUGAUAGUCUGCUCUAGGAAGACAUCACCCAAAUCUUCUCUGUAAUUCCAUUACUGUCUGGUAUGGUACAGCCUCUAAGCUGGAUAAAAGAGGCUCCAACGAGCAGUAAGAACUGCAGAGAGGGUAAUUGGUGUUAGUUUGCCUCCAAUAGAGACAUGCAGGGCUGUCCCUGAAGCUGCCCCAGAAACUCCAGCGGGUGCAGAAUGCCGUGGCGAGGGUCCUUACGGGGUCACUGCUGCAGGACCACAUUCAUCCAGUGCUUUACCAACUGCACUGGCUCCCAGUGGAGUACAGGAUCAAAUUCAAGUUGCUGGUCUUGACCUUUGAAGCCCUAUGCGGCUUAGGACCCUUGUACCUAUGUCCCGGACCUUAAGGUCCACAAAUAACAAUAUUUUGGAGAUCCCGAGCCAUAAGGUGGCUAGAUUGGCCUUGUUAUAAAAUCAUAUUUGGGGGGGGUUGCAGGACACCAUUACUAAUGAACAGAGAGGGGUGACCGAACCUGACAGCUGCAGUUACCCAGAAUCCCUCGCAACACCACCUUCUUCGCCUCUGCUCCACUCCAGAGACCCACACCCCUCCCGCUUGGACUCAACCCUGCCUUAAGGAAGGCUUAAGGAUCAGCAUAUGCACACAUUUCCACAUGACUACUGGUAGCAACUUGGGAGCCAUAAUUCCCUGUCAAUGGUAUCUCAUUCACAAUGGAAGACUCCUCUGAACAAAAGACAGUGAUCAACUCUUAUGAAAAUGUUAAUUUCUCUUUGUGUUUAGGAAUUCACACCUGGGAGGGGUGAUAGGAGGACUAGGAGAGGUGUCAAAAGUGCUCAGAUUUCUACCUUAAACCCUCCUUUUUUGUGAGGUAUUGAUUACAUAGCUGUGAUGUAGGAAUGAUGUAUUGGGGGCGUUUCUUGGUGAUGGGAAAACUGAUAAAAGUGGAGGUUCUUUUUUGUUCUGGGUUCCUUCCUUGUUCUCCUGCUUGAGGGGAAGGACCCUGUUGCAACAGCAAAUAAAGGCUUUCCUUCUCAAACUUCUCUGGUUGGCCUCUGUUAUAUAUUCUCCGACCGAUGGAGAACCCAAUAAGGCUCUUGUGUACCCCAUAAGGGAAUAAGAGCAGAUUUUUGCUUAGAACAGCCUCAACUAGGGCCAGGGCCUUUUCAGUUGGUGGAACUCUCUCUCACAGGAGACUAGUACCCUGUGGGAUUUGACAUCUUUCCGCAGGGCCUGCAAGGCGGAGCUGUUCCGCCUGGCCUUUGGGCUGGACUUAGUCUGACCACUAUGUUUUUUCCUCCCUUAUGGUUUUUAUUUGGGCCAUUUUAAAAUGAGGCUGCAUUAAAAAAAAUUAAUCUAA